AUGAAGACUUCAAUCGUUCUCUCAGCUCUUGGCACUGCUGCCCUCACUGCCGCCCACGGCAUUGUCCAGAACCUCAACAUUGGUGGUGACGAAUACACCGGAUACCUCCCAUACAACGACCCAUACAGUUCACCCGUCCCUGAGCGUAUCGUAUGGGCUUUCCCUACAGCCGGUAACGGCCCUGUAGAGGAUGUCAGCACCUCUGAUAUCACCUGCAACAAGGCUGCCACUGCUGCCCAGCUCACUGCCCCUGUUGCUGCUGGUGAUAAGGUCAGCUUCUACUGGACUACAUGGCCCGAAUCCCACAAGGGUCCUGUCAUGACCUAUCUUGCCAACUGUGGCGGUGACUGCACAACCGUUGAUGCCACCACACUCAACUACUUCAAGAUUGACGAGGCUGGUCUCAACAGCGACGGUACAUGGGCGUCUGAUGACCUCAUUGCAAACAACAACAGCUGGACCGUCACUAUUCCCUCAGACAUCGUUGCUGGUUCGUACUUGAUCCGUCACGAGCUCCUCGCUCUCCACAGCGCCGGUACUGCGAAUGGUGCGCAGUUCUAUCCCAUGUGUGCCAACUUGGAGAUUAGUGGAUCUGGAUCAGCUGUGCCCACCGAUACCGUCAAGUUCCCUGGUGGAUACUCUGCCACUGACCCUGGUAUCUUGGUCAACAUCUAUGGCACUUUGACCAGCUACACUAUUCCUGGCCCAGCUGUCUAUGGAUCUUCUGGAUCUGGAUCUGGAUCUGCUACCACUACUGCUGCUGCCGUCAAGUCUUCUGUUACUGCCGCUGCGACUACCUCUGCUGCUGCUGUUGAGACUACCUCUGCUGCCGCUGUAGAGACCACCUCCGCUGCUGCUGUUGAGACCACUUCCGCCGCCGUCGAGGUCCCAACUACCUCCGCUGCUGCUGUUGUGACAACUUCUACUGCCGUCAAGGUCCCAACAACCUCUGCAGCUGCAAUCAAGACUACCUCCACUGCCGCUGCUGUGGUCCCUACUACAUCCGCUGUUGCCGCAGUCCCAACCACCCUUGUGACCAAGACCCGCGCUUCAACCACUGCGGCCGCCGCCACUACCUCCGCUGCCGCUUCAACCGGAUGCAGCAAUACCUCAGAGGCUUACAACAAGUGCCUCGAUGCUGUCAACGAGUGCAUCCGCAAUGCGCAGUCCAAAACCGGUGGCGCUGUCAACUUUGACGCUUGCAAUGCCCAGAAAAGUGCCUGCACCAUGUGCUAA